AAUGCCUAUCUUCUGUGGAGUCACAAGGAAAACACUUUUUUCCUCUGCCUCUGCAGAAAGGCGGAAGAAAGAGCAUGAUUGUUAUUUAAAGAAUGGAAGUUGCGUGCUUGAGGAGCUUCUUGCUUUAUGCGACGGAAAUUGCAGGAUUCCCAUCCAUUACUUCUCUGCCAUAGAGAUCGAGAAUGCAAUAAAACACUCUAAAAGCGGAAUAGACCUUUCCGAUGUGUAUAUUACAGGCUCGCUGGACAACCGUCUCGUUUUAGUUAGGUUCAGUAGAUGUGAAUUCAACAAUAUCCACCGAGAUAUAGCUGUUACUGCUCAGAUGAGUCAUCUUAAGAAUGUGCUGAGACUUGUCGGUUGCUGUCUAGAAUUUGAAGAACCAGUUAUGGUGUACGAAUAUGUGAAAGGUAUUUCUCUUAGCUAUCUACUUUUCAGAAAGGGUAAUCAUGAUGAUCAAACUAGAAAAUCGUUAUUAUCUUGGGGAAAUAGAUUACGAAUUGCCAAUGAGGUCGCUUCUGCAAUAGUCUUUCUCCAUACCGAAUUUACAACACCCAUCAUCUACAAAGAUCUGAGCCCAUCGAAUGUGAUUAUAGAUGAGAAUAGCGGCGUUGCCAAAAUAUUGGACUUCUCAUUGUCCAUAUCUUUGCCUCCAGGAAAAUUGGAAGUAGUAAAAGAUAUUAUUACAGGCAGAAACGGAUAUUUAGCUCCUGAAUAUGCAGUCUCGGGUAUUGUUUCUCAAAAUAUAGACGUCUAUAGCUUCGGAUUUGUUCUACUUAACCUAUUAACGGGAAGGAAAAUGAGUAGUCUAAAUAUAACUAUAAAGGAUACAGUGUAUCAUAUAGAUUCAGAUCCUGAAAUGAUAGACAUUGAAGAGAUCCGUGUAAUGGACAUAGCAGAUUCAGCCAUUUUGGAAGAGCAUGGAAUUGAGAUUCAACAACAACUGGAAGAUUGCUGGAAUCUUGUUAAGAAAUGCACACAAUCAAAGAGAGAAGAGAGACCAUACAUGAUUGAAGUUGCAAAGGAAUUACGCCGAAUUCACAACUGUUUUCGUGCCCUCACUCUUGCCCAGAAUUAGCUUUACAUAAGAUGGCAAGUGAUCUAGAAAUAAUACCGAUUGUAUGUGCACUCUAAAGUUGA